UUCUUGUUUUUUUUCUUUAAAAGAUCAAUGGUGAUAUGCUUCGGAUGGAAACUACAAAGAUUGAUGAUGUCAAAGAAAACUUCCAAAAGAAAGGUAGCUUCAGUUAAAGUGGGUGGUUGACUGGGUGGAGCCAUCUUUCACUGAUUUCUGCAAGAGUACAAAUUCCUCAUCUAGUAUCCUUCCCAAGAAGACGCCCACAGAAACUAAUCUCCAUCAGAAAAAAAAAGAGCAUUUUUCUCGCCUGGAAAGCGGCAAGAGUGGGAGAAGAAAAGAGAAAUCUUCUUCUAGAGAUGAGAGAGAUCACAUUCCAAGACAGAAUUGCAAAGAAAUUGAACCAUGGGUGGAUAAAUACAAACCAAAAACUCAGAAUGAGCUUGCUGUACACAAGAAGAAAAUUGAAGAAGUUGAAGUAUGGUUAAAAGCUCAAGUAUUUCAAAGGCAGACCAAGCAGUGUGGCUCUAUUUUAUUAUUAACUGGUCCCUCAGGCUGUGGAAAGUCUGCAACUUUGGAAAUAUUAGCUAAAGACCUUGGCAUUCAAGUGCAAGAAUGGAUAAACCCUGUUUUAAUGGACUUCAGAAAAGAUGACUUCCAAGAUGCGUUGAACAAUGAUUUUCAGGUAUUGCCAUAUCAGAGCCAAACAUCUCUCUUUCAAGAUUUUCUGCUGAAAGCAAACAAAUAUACUAAGCUUCAGAUGGUUGGUGACAUUGUGAAAACUGACAAAAGACUUAUUCUUGUGGAAGAUAUGCCAAACCAUUUUUAUCGUGAUCCUAGCAGUUUACAUGGAAUUCUGAGGACAUUUGUGCGGACGAGCAGAUGCCCUCUUGUGUUUAUAAUAUCAGAUAGUGCAAAUGCAACCAGCAGUCAAAGAUCUCUCUUCUCAAAAGAAAUUCAUGAAGAGCUACAUAUAGAUAAUAUUAGUUUUAACCCAGUGGCUCCAACAAUAAUGCUGAAAGUUCUAAACCGAAUAACUUCAAUUGAAGCAAAUACGAAUGGAGAAAAAUUUGAUGUUCCAGACAAAUCCUCAAUGGAAUUGAUUUGCAAUGGAUGUUCAGGUGAUAUUAGAAGUGCAAUAAACAGUCUUCAGUUUUCUUCUUUGAAAGAGUGUCAAUUGGAGAACAACUUGUGGUCACAGAGAAAACAGAAUUCUACAUAUAAAUGUGAUUUAUUAUCUAAAGUGAAAAAGAAAUUUGGUAAUUCUUUAGAAGGCCAGGUGAUACAAGCUGUCGGUGGCAAAGAUGUAUCCAUCUUCCUUUUCCAUGCUUUGGGAAAAAUACUUUACUGCAAAAGGGAUCAAAUAAUGGAGUUGAGCUUUCCUUGCCUACCUCCUCAUUUAUCAGAACAUGAACGAAGCUCCUUGCUUGUUCAACCUGAGGAUGUCAUAGAAAAAUCACACAUGCCUGGGGAUUUAUUUAAUUUAUACCUUCAUCAAAACUAUGUAGAAUUUUUCUCUGAUAUAGAGGAUCUUGUGAGAGCUAGUGAAUAUUUGAGUGCUGCUGACUUGCUUUGCAGUAACUGGGAUGCACGACCUGUACUCCAGGAAUAUAGUGCAUCUGUGGUUGCAAGAGGCAUGAUGCAUUCAAACAGAGCUAGAGCCUUUGCCCACAGCAAAGGCGGGAUGGGUUUUCGACCCCUUCAUAAACCACAGUGGUUCCUAAUUAAUAAGAAGUAUCAGGAAAACUGCAUUGCUGCAAAAUCCCUCUUCUCAACUUUCUGCUUACCACCAACGUGCCUUCAGACCCAGCUAUUACCUUAUCUUGCCCUGUUGACAAAUCCAAUGAGAAACCAAGGUCAGAUUACUUUUAUUCAGGAUGUUGGAAGGCUCCCUUUAAAGAAACACUUCGGAAGGUUGAAGCUUGAAACUCUUAGUGAUAAAGUUUCUGCCAUUCAGCUCUUGAACAGUGAUGAUGAAAGUGAUUUUUCUUGGAUGCAGUCCACAAAUACGAUGAUCCAACUGGAGAAAAACAGUAUUCGUGAAAAGAAUGAGUCAGAUGAAUGUCUUUCUGCCAGCCAGGCUUUUGGAAAUGAACUGUCGUACAGCCAACCUCAGCCUGUGACAGCACAAGCAAUCAUGGAGGAAGAUGAACUAAACAUAGAGGAAUAUGAUAGUGACUGAACUCUGGAAAUGGCAACACCAAUGCUGUUUAUUAUAAUUUUAGUUGAAUAUUUUAUUUUGCUUAUCCAGAAAAGACUGUGAAAGCUCUUGAUGAGCUGUUACUGAUUUGCCAUUCUUUCACAUUUAUUCUUUACAUGGUUAAACCAUUGCAUCUAUCAGGAUGUUGCUCCUCUGAUUUUAUUUGAGUCUACUAUGAAAACCCCUAACUAUGUUAAAUGUAGUCCAAGAUUUUGUUCCCCAGCCACAUGGGUAUGUAUAUUUAGGUACUGGAUUUCUGUCUACCAGAUAUUUAGGGAAUUGUCAAUAGUUCUAUUAAGAUUUCAUACACUUAGCUCUAAUGUGAGGUUACAGAAUUUAAAUUCUGGAUUGUGUACUAUUUAAGAUGUAAAUAAACACCUAAGUGUUCAAUUUGUUAAUAAAUAGUACUGUAUGCAAUUAUAGAUUUUUUAUUAACACACAUGUACAGUAUUUUACAUAAAUGGUCUUUUAAAAUGUUUUGCUAAUUUGCAGGAGAAUUGAAGUCUUUCAAUAAUAUCUAAUUGCUUGCAAACACUGAAUAAAAGUAUAAAUGCUUCUAACA